AUGGCACACAUCUGGACCAUGGUUGUUAUUAUACUACCGUGUAUGAUCAGUCAAGGUAAGGAUCAAUUAUGCUACGUGUCCACAAAUGAUCCCCGACCUUUGGUGACCUUCAACCCUGGACUUCAGGUCAUGUGUGACACAGUGACAGACGGUGGAGGAUGGACCAUUUUCCAAAGACGUGUUUCUGGGUCUGUCGAUUUUUACAGGAGCUGGGCGGAAUACAAAAGUGGGUUUGGUGAUUUCAGUUUGGGUAAUUUUUACCUGGGCAAUGAGAACGUUUAUCUCUUAACGGCAAACCGUCAAACAGAACUAAGGGUAGAUGUGAUCCUUAACGGGCAGAAUUAUUUCGCCAAGUAUUCCAGCUUCAACAUAUCUAGCGAGGCAGACGGCUACAGGCUACAUGUUGAUGGCUACACAGGAGAUGCUGGGGACGGUCUAGCAGGACACGAUAGUAUGAUGUUUUCAACAUUUGACCGGGAUAAUGACUUAUACAGCGAUAACUGUGCCCUUAUGUGGACUGCGGCGUGGUGGUAUAAAUCUUGUCGUAGCUCUGAUCUUAACGGCGUUUGGGGUACAAACAAUUUAUUCUGGGUGUACAGCAGAAAUCUAUCAUUCGUUGAAAUGAAAUUUAGAUCAGCCUAA